ACUUGUCUUAUCUGGAGGGCACCGACAGGGGGCAGUAACGAUUUUAUUACUCAGUCUGAGGGACCGCAAAAGCGACGUGUGCUUUCAGUGGAGCUGUUCGGCUUCGAGUGAACUGCUCUGUUUGUACAGAACAACAUGGUGCUGUUAGAAAACGACGCGUUUCUCACUGAACUCACGCGCCUCUUCCAGAAGUGCAGGACCAGCGGCAGCGUGGUGAUCACCUUAAAGAAAUAUGACGGAAGAACAAAGCCGGUGCCAAGAAAAGGCCACCCAGAGACAUUCGAUCCAGCCGACAAUAAAUGUCUCAUCCGGGCAUCAGAUGGCAAGAAGAAAAUUAGCACAGUGGUGAGCACUAAAGAAGUAAUAAAAUUUCAGAUGGCGUACUCCAAUUUAUUGAGAGCACACAUGGACGGCUUAAAGAAGAAAGACAAGAAGAGUAAAAGUAAGAAGACUAAAGCUACACAGUGAAUGAAAAAAAAAAAUCCCAAGUAGAGAGAGGAGCUGUUCAUUCAGCCAGACCACCUGACAUCCAGUACUCACCCGUGCCCUGACCUCGACAGCUUCAUGGCAGCUGUGUGGCACUCUAAAGGAACCAAAGGAGUGGACGUUGUUUUAUCUGCCCGAAUAUUAUCUUGACAUCGUCCCUGUUUGGAACUGUUUGCUCGGUCAAGAUUUUGCCACAAUCAUCGGGUAUAAGUCGGUGGUGCCAUAUGAUGUUGCUGUCUUUGAUUUCAAGCUACUUCUUCCUUUUUAAAUUUUUUUUUAAAUAAACUUUCGUUGUUUUUUUUUUUAUUCGUCUUAAAACAAUCACUAGCAUCUGCUCCUUGUGUCAUACGUUUGUCUAUAAAUGUCCAGGAUACAACGUACAGAUUUGUUUUUGACUUGAGUAUUUACAAUACUGUAAAUACUCUUGACUUGAGUAUUUACAUUUUUAUGCUGCGAGAUACUUUUGUUUAUUACUAGAGUUUUCCCUAAAUAAUUUGUCCCAAUCGAUAUUUGUGCCUUGAUGACACUUUUUGCUCCCUUUUCUGCGUUUUGUCACAAACCAAGGCAACAAAAUGGAUUUCUAGGUUUACAGUUUAUGUAGUUUCUGUUGUUGGCCCAAACCGUGCAAUGAGAAGCAUCACAAUGUUUAGAUGAGCUGUUAACUUAUUUUGAGUUCAAAUUAAAUAAAUAUCCCAGUCCA